AUGAAACGGUUUGGCAAAGUAACUCUUUCAAUUCAUAACUUGGAACCAGCAGUGGCUAUGCACCACCUAACAACAGCGCUGAAGCCGGGACCCUUCGUUAAUAGCCUCUGCAAAAAACCCCCGAUCGACCUAGAUGAGUUGAGGAGUCGGGCUGCGAAAUAUAUGCAAAUGGAAGAAUUGUCCGAAUACCGGAGCCAGGUACGGAUGGAACAAGGAUCUAAUUCAAAAAACGUAGAAAGAAGGGAGACCUUCAAAGCAAGGCGGGGGAACGACAGAGGAAAUGAACUUGAGCGACCACCUCGAGGACCGAAGUAUCCUUCCUACACGACGCUCAACUCUAAUCAAUCCAGAAUACUUGAUCAAGCGUUGGCCACAGAAAUAUUGAGAAUGCCUAGACGCGCUAACACUCCCCCUCGGGCAGAUAAAAGUAAAUCUUGCCGAUACCACCAGAACAGGGGGCACACUACCGAGGAGUGUACGGCACUAAGAGACAAAAUUGAAGAAUUGAUUAAAGGCGAACACCUGAAAAAUUUUGUACAGACAGAUCCCAUAAGGCAAUCCAACAAAGGAAGAGACCGCCACCCUGAUUCACCAAAAAGAUCCGACGACAAAAAAUUUGAGCGGCACAGGAGCAGAUCCAGAGAGCUCCCACCUAGAAGAUUUGAACAAGAUAAGUAUCCGAAAAGGGUCAUUAACACCAUAGCCGGAGGGUUCGCUGGUGGAGGACCUACCUAUUCGGCUAAAAAGAGGCAUCUUCGGCAUGUCCGUUCUGUUAAUAAUGUUUCAUUGGACAGCAGAAUCUGA